UCUGGAAUCCACUGGGGAGGGGACAGCGAGUGCGCCAACCGCCCCUGAGACAAAGAGCGGAGCCCGUUUGGGAGGCUCCCCCCAGCUGCCGCUGCUGCCGUCCCUAUUAUUCGACAUUUCCGGUUAUCUGAACAUUCUCCGGUCCCGUUUAGGUCGGAUAACCAAGACUUUACUGUACCCUCAUGGAUUUCCUCAUGGAUAAGAAUGCUCCUCAGACUAGCCACCUUCUUCUGUAGCUUGUCCACCUACUAGCUGAGAAUUUCCACCAGUUCAAAUUGGAUGGUCCCCUGUUCCCCCGGUUUGCUAGUUUAUCUUGGGAACUGGAACCUAUUUAAUCUAGGGCUAAUAUAUUUUCCCUCCUCCGCUCCCCUGUACCCUCUAGCCUGACUGUCACAGGGUAUUUUAUUUAUUCUGAAAUAAUGACUGUCCUGCUUGAUUUGAGAAGUGGUCGAGGAUCCCAUCCAUAUGAAAACAGGUAGCGCGGAGCUGCAGAUCAGAGCCCUGCAAAGCAGUUUCCCCUGUUGGGCCAUGCAUGUGCAGGAGGCAUCUUGCUGCUUUCACGCCUGAAGCGAGCACAGCCCCACCUCUUCCCCUUCUAUUUCUUAUCUACGCCUGAGUAACUAAGACUCUGAGAAGAGGGGAGGAAAGAAGGGCUGUGGAGAACCCACAGGGACACCCAUCUCAAAGAACAGUCAUUACUGCAUGAAUUCUCACAUUGUCCUUGAAGCCAUUCCAGAAGUUGUAUAUUGAUCUUUCAUUCACUACAAAGUGUCGUGGAAUCAAGUUAUGUCAACAGCUGCUUUAAUUAAUUUGGUUAGAUAUGGAGGGUAUCAAGUGAGAGGAAGAGCACUACUGACCUCCCGCCUCUUGCAAGACGACAAACGCUGGACUGCUGUGUGCCAGAGCUCCACCACAGAACGCAGGGCUUCCCGCUUCGAUCCAGACGGCAGUGGGCGUCCAGCCACAUGGGACACCUUCGGUAUCUGGGACAAUCGCAUCGAUGAGCCCAUACUCCUCCCAACAAGCAUAAAGUAUGGGAAACCAAUUCCCAAAAUCAGUCUGGCCAACGUGGGCUGUGCGACUCAGAUUGGAAAGCGGAAGGAAAACGAGGACCGGUUUGAUUACGCUCAGCUGACAGAUGAUGUCCUGUAUUUUGCAGUGUAUGAUGGGCAUGGUGGGGCUGCAGCAGCUGAUUUCUGUGAUAAGUACAUGGAAAAGUACAUUCAAGAAUUCCUUGCUCAGGAGAAGAAUUUGGAAACCGUGUUGACCAAGGCUUUUCUAGAAAUAGACAAAGCAUUUGCGAGGCAUGCUCACUUAUCUGUUGAUGCGACUCUGCUGAAUGCUGGGACCACUGCAACAGUGGCCCUGCUGCGAGAUGGUAUUGAACUAGUUGUGGCCAGUGUUGGGGACAGUCGUGCACUGUUGUGUCGAAAGGGAAAAGCCAUAAAACUCACCAUUGAUCAUACUCCAGAAAGGAAGGACGAGAAGGAAAGGAUAAAAACAUGUGGUGGCUUUAUAGCCUGGAACAGUCUGGGGCAGCCUCAUGUGAAUGGUAGACUUGCAAUGACACGGAGUAUAGGAGAUUUGGAUCUUAAAAACAAUGGAGUGAUAGCAGAGCCAGAAACUAAAAGGGUUCAGUUACAUCAUGGAAGUGAUGGCUUCCUGGUGCUUACUACAGAUGGCAUUAACUUCAUGGUGAACAGUCAAGAGAUAUGUGACUUUAUUAGCCAGUGCCAUGAUCCGACUGAAGCAGCCCAUGUUGUCACUGAGCAGGCUAUACAGUACGGUACUGAAGAUAAUAGCACUGCUGUCAUAGUACCGUUUGGAGCAUGGGGAAAAUAUAAAAAUUCUGAGGUCAGCUUCUCAUUUAGCCGCAGCUUUGCCUCAAGCGGAAGGUGGGCAUGAGGACCUGUUGGAAUGAGAUUUUCUGUGCAAUAACCUGUACACCAUAUGCUACACGAGAACACAUCUGUACCUAGGUUGAUAAUCUUGCUCAUUUAUUUUUCUCCCAAUAUUGUACAAAAUACUAAGCUUACUGUUAACAAAUCCUCAUCACAUAUGUUCCAUUUUUGCCAUUUUUAUUUAUGUUUUCAGAAUUUAGAUAGAUGUUCAUUUCACUGACUUGUUUUGUUUCUAGUCCCAGAUGAUGGGUGAUUCUGUGCCAAUAGACGAGGUGCUGGGCAGUAUUCAAUACAUGUUUUUCUUCUUACUGCUUUAUCUAAUAUUCUGAAAGAUUGAUAUGCUGUAUAGACUGAACCAUGUGCUCCCCUCUUUGUACAAUACACAGGGGAGCAAACACAUUGUAAUGAUGAGGAAUGAAAGAGGCCUGUUAUGUCUUCCACAAUGACACAGCCACCAAAAAAUCCUUGUGUACUUCAAGGGAAUCCUAUGAAAAGUAGUUGCAUAUCUGGUGAGGAUUCAGGAAGAGGAUAUUCUGUGAAGCACAGUAUGGGUACAUCUACACAGCAGUGUAAUUUCAGAAUAACUGGCGUUACUCUGAAAUAACAUAGUCUGCGUCUAUACUACAUGCAGUUAUUUUGACAUAAUGUCGAGCUGGAGGACUGCUUACUCCGACUCCUGUAACCC